CCUUGCCACAUAUCGAAUUCACUUCCCAACGACCCUUCUGCGGCAUGAAGCGGUCAGACGCCAAGAGUAAGCGCAUGCAAGUAAUGCUUGAGAACUCUGCGACGUAUUCAGACGUGGAAUUUCAAGUCGGCCCCGAGGGUGAACGCUUCUAUGGCCUGAAGGCCAUCUUCGCCCGGGCCUCCGAGGUCUUCUCCAAAAUGUUUUUUGAGGCAGGUUUCCGGGAGCAGCACGAAGCCACCCCGCGGGUCGUGGUCCGCAUUGAGGACAUCAUGCCGGGACCAUUUCAAUUAUUGCACCGUUGGGUGUAUGACAUGGAUGUGAGCUUGUCCUGCGACACGAUUUUUGGCGUGCUGGACGCUGCUCGCAAGUACAUGGUGGAGGAUUUAGAAUUGACAUGUAGACGGUGGCUGGCCCUUGAAGCUCGAUCGUCAUCGGGUGCUGUUGGCCUCUUCUGCGCCGCCGUGGCGGGCCAGUGGAUUCCCUGGUCACAAGCGCUGCGGUCGCGGGUUGAGUCUUUUGGAGCAACUGCUUUGGCAGCGUCUCCAAAGGCUAUUGGCCAUUUGCCAGCAGACGCCUUCAUGUCCUUGUUAAGUAGCGAGGAUUUAUGUGUGGAGAGAGAGGAGGAAGUCUUUGAGGCCGUGCAGGCCUGGGCAGAUGCUGCAAACGACCGCGGCGAGGAUCCGGCAGCAGCAUGGCAAAAGAUUGCGGAAGCUGAUGUGAUUCACUUCCAUUUACUUGAGCCGAGGUUCUUUACAGAGAGGGUUGUGUUGCUGGGCCGUUUGACGCAGGAGCAAAGCCUCUCUGUCUUUGUCUCCAGAGCCAUGGGGGACUGUCCCGCUCGGCAAGCAAGCCUUCUGGCGAGGCUUCAGUUGAUACUUCGAGACUGCAGUUACGAGGACGCCACCUCCAUCAUUGACAGCAUCAUCGACCUUAGGCAUGAGGAUACCUACCCGAGAACACUUGCUCACUGCCUUGUACAGAAAGCUUUGGCUGACUACGAGCACUGCAGCGAGUGGGUGAGCAUGUGGACUGAGCUCUGGGGUGCUCUCAGGGCUGCAGGCCUGCGUGAUGAAUGUGUUCGCGCCACCGUGGAUUAUUGCCAAAACCUCUUUGAGGAGGAGCCAUCUUUGGAGAAUUUAGUGGGUGUAUGGAUCUGCCCAUACGACACGCUCGGUUUGGUCCGAGUGUUGUGCAAGUUGAACGACUCUCGCAAGCUUGCAGUGCUGCCGCUGAUGAAGGUUUUAGAAGCCCUGGUGCGGAAAGCCGAAGAAUCAGCGCCGCAGGGGGGCAGUACCUGUUGCCCUGCUGCAGCUGCGAGAGAGCUGGCGACGCAUCUGGAAAAGAUUCGGUCCCGAAGUGGGCACCUCGUGGCGCUGCAGAGCCUGCCAAGCCUGCAGCAGCGGCUGGAGGACUUGCCGGAAACUGGCAGCUGACCCUUUGGGGCGGAACCAGUUGGGAGUUGGGAUUUUCCACCCCUAACUUCCGCUGUCCGUGGAGCGCUCCGCGGAAAUUUAACCGGAUUGCAACUUUGGUUUUGGAUUCAUGGAGUCAUUGCGUUUGCCUCCAAUUGCAUGUGGCAACUGCUGGGUAACCUGUGGUGUUGGCAUGCAAGUGCUCUGGGGGAUGUGGUACACCCGGCAGUUUCCUGUGCUGGAAUCUUUCCAAGCAUCCUUCCAGAAGAUCGUUUUCCCUGAUCUUGAUUCACGGGAAGCAUGCACAGUGACCAUAGCGAAUGCUAUGAGGAG